GAUUUACUGAACCAGUUACCAGUUGGUCUCCGAAUUCUCCGAUAGAGACGAUAAUAUUUUACGUUGAUUGCUUUUCGUAGACGCUUGUUAACAGAACUUGGAAUUUAUUUAAAUAUUCGAUGAAGCAAUCCGACGCUACUUUUAUUGAAAAGAAAGAGACGCUCUAGUGUGUAAAAUUGUGUUCGGCGACGUUUUAAUAUCUUGCCUGCGAGAUUGUAUAAAUUAACAAGGGUCAGGUGGAGUAAAGGAACAUCUACAUCGAAGAAGAGGAAAAGGAAAAGAAGCCUCAGCCAAUCGAUUAACCAAAAUUUUCAAUUACGGUGUCCCCAUACAAUGGGUCCGCCGAAACGCUUCAAAAAAGAUAACAAUAAAUGGAAGAAGCGCAAGGACGAGUACGACGAGUACGACGACGAUUCCAUAGACAGUAACGAGGCAGAUGGUGUCCCGGACGCGGCGAAAAACGAUGUCGAGAAGCAAGACGAGUGCGCGAUCGAGGAUGAAUACGGAGCGAAAGAUUAUCGCUCGCAAAUGAUUUUAAAAAACGAUUGCUCGUCUAGACCAUUGUGGGUGGCACCGAACGGACAUAUCUUUUUGGAAUCCUUCUCUCCUGUGUACAAACAUGCUCAUGAUUUUUUAAUAGCUAUAUCAGAGCCUGUAUGUCGGCCAGAGCAUAUUCACGAAUACAAACUGACUGCUUACUCGCUUUACGCUGCGGUUAGUGUGGGCCUACAAACGCAAGAUAUAAUAGAAUAUUUAAAGAGAUUGAGUAAGACUAGUAUUCCCGAUGGUAUAAUCGAAUUUAUCAAACUGUGUACCUUGUCCUAUGGAAAAGUCAAACUCGUAUUAAAACACAAUAAAUACUUUAUCGAAUCGCCAUUUCCCGAAGUGCUGCAAAGGUUACUAAAGGACCCGGUGAUUCAAGAAUGCCGAUUGAGAAAGCUCGUGGACGAUGCGGAAACCGAUGCUAUUCAAACGAGCGUUCAAACUAAAUUGAAAGCUCCUCAGUUUGGAUCAAAAGCACCUGUAAAUACACCUGUACCUAGCAAAACGAAUCCAGAGACUGAGCCUGAGCAAGUAUUGCCGGAAACGGCUACCGUUCCAGAAGAUAUAACUGCCUUUUACGAUAAGAUCGACAAGGAGGACGAAGACGAGGAAGAGGAUCAAGAGCUGAAAACAGUCAGUUUCGAAGUGAAUCAGGAAAAAAUUGAAGUGAUACAAAAACGCUGUAUCGAAUUGGAGCAUCCUUUACUGGCGGAAUACGAUUUUCGCAAUGAUAGCGUAAAUCCUGAUAUAAAUAUCGACUUGAAGCCAUCAGCUGUAUUAAGACCUUAUCAAGAAAAGAGCUUACGGAAAAUGUUUGGCAAUGGACGGGCUAGAUCUGGAGUGAUAGUCUUACCCUGCGGUGCUGGUAAAAGUUUAGUCGGAGUGACAGCCUGCUGUACAGUACGUAAACGCGCUCUAGUGCUAUGCAACUCCGGUGUAUCCGUGGAACAAUGGAAGCAGCAGUUUAAAAUGUGGUCUACCGCCGACGACUCGAUGAUUUGCCGUUUUACCAGCGAGGCGAAGGAUAAGCCUAUGGGCUGCGGAAUAUUGAUAACUACAUACUCUAUGAUCACGCACACUCAGAAACGCUCGUGGGAGGCUGAACAGACGAUGCGUUGGCUUCAAGAACAGGAGUGGGGUAUUAUGGUCUUGGAUGAGGUGCACACCAUUCCCGCGAAAAUGUUCCGUAGAGUAUUAACGAUCGUGCAGUCUCAUUGUAAGUUGGGUUUGACGGCUACGCUCUUGCGAGAGGAUGACAAAAUUGCCGAUCUGAAUUUUUUAAUUGGCCCCAAAUUGUACGAAGCUAACUGGUUGGAAUUGCAAAAGAGAGGAUUUAUCGCGAGAGUACAAUGCGCAGAAGUCUGGUGUCCCAUGACGUCAGAAUUUUACAGAGAAUAUCUCGCUUGCAAGAUGAGCAGGAAACUGUUACUGUACGUGAUGAAUCCAAAUAAAUUCCGUUGUUGCCAAUAUUUAAUUCGAUAUCACGAGAGACGCGGCGAUAAAACGAUCGUCUUCUCCGACAACGUAUUCGCAUUGAAACACUACGCUAUUAAAAUGAACAAGCCAUAUAUUUAUGGCCCUACUAGUCAGAGCGAAAGGAUACAGAUUUUGCAAAAUUUUAAAUUUAACAUGAAAGUAAACACGAUAUUUGUUAGCAAAGUGGCGGACACUUCCUUCGAUUUACCAGAAGCUAAUGUCUUGAUUCAAAUUUCAUCCCAUGGUGGGUCCAGAAGGCAAGAAGCGCAACGAUUGGGGCGUAUUCUUAGGGCUAAAAAAGGUGCAAUUGCGGAGGAAUACAACGCGUUCUUUUAUACGCUCGUAUCGCAAGAUACGAUGGAAAUGAAUUAUUCGAGAAAGCGUCAGCGGUUUCUUGUGAAUCAAGGUUACUCCUACAAAGUCAUUACAAAACUUGCCGGCAUGGACGAGGAGCCAGAUCUAAUGUAUGGAAAUCGUGAGGAACAGGGUCAAUUGUUGCAGCAAGUAUUAACAGCUAGCGACACGGAUGCGGACGAAGAAAGAAUACCCGGUGAAGGGCCAAGACCGAUUGUACGUAAAGCUGGCACGAUGGUAUCAAUGUCCGGAGCGGACGAUGCCGUUUAUUACGAGUACAAGAAAGCCCCGGGCUCGUCGACGGCGAAUAAACACCCUCUCUUUAAAAAAUUCAGAACAUAAGUAGCCUGAUUCUCUUAAUAUUUUCUCAAGUCGCAUGUGAUGAAAUAAUAAACAACUUUGUUACUGUCA